AUGAGCUUAGUAAAUGAAGAUCAAAGCUCAUUGGAGAAAGCUCCUGAAGCAUUUCAGGAAUCUCUGAAGGAGUUUCUGUUAUCCUUAAGUGAGUUGGAUGUUUGCAAGAAUUUUCCAAGUGGAUUUGACCAAUCAAUUAUAAGUGAAUUUGAGGAUAUCUCACAAGGCAUACAAGAUCGACAAAGAAUUCCUGGCAAUUUUACAGCUCUUAGGGAAAUAGAAUUUACUAACUAUUGCAGAAUGAGCAUAGUAAAUGAGGAUCAAAGCUCAUUGGAGAAAGCUCCUGAAACAUUUCAGGAAUCUCAUAAGCACUCAAGAAUCUCAUACACCAGGGAGUUUCUGUUAUCUUUAAGUGAGUUGGAUGUUUGCAAGAAUUUUCCAAGUGGAUUUGACCAAUCAAUUUUAAGUGAAUUUGAGGGUAACUCACAAGGUAUACAAGAUCGACAAAGAAUUCCUGGCAAUUUUCCAUUCCAAGGUUUCAGAUGCAGUGACUACGGAUCCUCCCCACCUACCAGGGGAGAUUCUGGGACUAACUCCCGGGGAAUUUAUGGAAGAUGGGACAGUCGGUCUUCUGGACGGAGUGAUAAGGACAAUGACUCUGAUAGGGAUUCAGAUUCUGGAAAGCAAUACGGCAACGAAUCUUGGCGGUUUGGGCAAAGUCCUGAGCAUGAUGGGCUUCUUGGGAGUGGUUCAUUGCAAAGACCAUCUGGAUAUGCAGCGGGGAUAGCUGCUCCAAAGGUUCGUGCAAAUGAUCAGUACCAGAUUAACAAAAGUAAUGAGCCAUAUCAUCCUCCGCGGCCUUACAAGGCUGCCCCUCAUUCACGGAGGGAGACAAAUGAUUCAUUCAAUGAUGAAACAUUUGGUUCUACUGAGUGCACAAGUGAAGAUAGAGCGGAAGAGGAAAGAAGGAGAAGAUCUUCUUUUGAGUUGAUGAGGAAGGAACAACAGAAAGCACUUCAGGAGAAGCAGAAACUGAAAAUGGACAAACAUAAAAAUGAUGGUGUCCCAGACAUUAUGGUGUUGCUGGAGGAUACUAAAGCGGAAAAGAGUUUUUUGGGCAGAAACGAUGAAUUGGAUGCGCCUUUGAUGCUACCUGUUUCAAACAAUGAUUCUGGCAAGUCUUCUCUUUCUUCACUAGCUCCCCCAUCCAGACCACUUGUACCCCCAGGUUUUAGAAGCACAAUUUUGGAGAGGAAUGAUGGUGCAAAACCUUUAAGUCAUCCAGAGUCAACGGAGGUUGGGAACCCUGAUAUUGAGCAAAGCCUUCUGCAUGCCAAUACUAACCUUGUGCAAAAUGGGACUCUUGAUAAUGAAGAGGGGAGAAAGUCAACACAUGAAAGGGGGUUCUGUAACCAGCAGCCUGAAGAUAAGAGUACUGAUGCGCCAUUUCUUGACAAUGGCGAAAAGAUUGUGAAUUCAUUGCCAGGUUCAGACGUUUCGAAUAUGAAACUUGGCAUGGACACACAUCAAUUCAGGAGUUCUAGUCUUUUAGAAGCCCAUGAAGCCCUUGAUAAUGGUGAAAACCUUGAAAUCAAUGACAAUAAGGUGACAGGGCUUAAAACUUUUGGCGACUCCAAUCAUGAAAAUUCUUCAUCUAUUCUUUCAAAGAUUUUUGGCAGUGCUUUGACAAUGAAUAGUAAUUGCAUUUCAGGUUUAGUUCAGCAUCAUGAUAGUAAACAAGCCGACAGGUGGAGCCCCAAUACUGUGCAGUCUUCGAAGUUUGCUCAAUGGUUUGUUGAAGAAGAAAAGAAGCCAAUAGAAAAUCUUUCAUCAGAUAUGCCAAGUGACUUGCUGUUGUUGAUUGUCCGUGGUGAGAAAGGUGGAUCCCAUGUUCUUGAUGUGCAACCUGCCCAGACAGUAGAGUUUCCCUAUCCAAGUUCUGAAGUGAGUGACAAGCUUAUUACACCUAAUAUACCUUCUACCAAAACUGGGAUCUCUGAGCAGUUGUACAAUAGUAUUAAACAAGAGGCAGUUCCUGCGGUCCUUACAUGUGAAGAUCUUGAACAGACUAUUCUGUCAGAGUAUAGUGAAGAGAGUUCAACUCUGGAGCCAUCUGUGCAAAACUGGGGUGUGUCUGGUGCAAAGACUGAACAGCCAAAAAAAAAUGUUGAUGAUCAUGCAUCUCACCACCUCCUCUCACUUAUACAGAAAGGAGCAGGGCCAAACAAUAUGCCGCCUUCUCCCCUAUUAGACACUGGAUCCUCAGACAAACUUCGUGUCCCAGAAGUAGUUAGUACAGUCACUGCAUUUGACAAGCAUGGAGAGGCAAAUGCCGAAAAUGGUCACGGUUCGGGGAAGAAUCUUACUCUGGAAACACUUUUUGGGACUGCUUUUAUGACAGAGCUGAAAUCAGGUGAAGCUCCAGUUUCUGUCCAAAGGGGCUCAGUUGGGGCAGCAAGAUCUGAUGUUCUGAAGUCUCAUGUGUCAUCCUUCCCAGUCUCGGAUGAUGUUCUAUUGCCAUCUAAAAUCGAUGAAAUUGGAUACCACAUGACAAGUCAUGAAAGCAAUAUUUUGGGGUCAAGUCACAGACAGCAAAUGAAGUUGGAUAAAGUCAAUAAUUGGUUAGGAUUUGAUGACCCUCAAAUUGAAUUGGACUCAUCAAAGCUUCAGGCUGAUGUAGCAUAUGAACAUGAUGGACCUGGUGGGGCUAUUGAGAUACAGCUGCCAGAGGAGGAGAGCUUGAUUGCAGUUGGUGAUCCUGGAAACUCUCUGAACUCUAUGUUCAUGCCUGCUGGAAAUUUGUCUAGAGGUGAAUUAAUAUCUUCAAAAACACCAGUUGACAUAGCUCAGAAACUAGCAGCCCGGAAUACGGUUUUUAAAGAUGAGCAAUCUAUGGUAGGUCAGGAAGGUCCGCCUUUUGUUCGUGGUCCUUAUGACUUGAUGGGGCCCGAGAUUCCAUAUCAAAAUCAUCAUGCCCAACCAUCAUCCAUACAGUUUCAUCAUCCACAGAUUAGUCAUGGGAGACCUUUGUUUCAGCCAUUAGAAUCUCAUCCUGCUCAUAUUAACUCCCAGAUGAAGUUCAUGGCUCCAGAGAGUGUCAUUCGUUAUGAUGCUCCGCCAAAUCGUCAGUUUCCUGAAAAUAUGCUACGCCCUCCCUUCCAACACCCCAACACAGGAGUAACAGGAUUUGAUCAUUCUGUACAUCAUCCAGUGUUCCGGCAGAUGCAAAUGCCAGAAAAUACUCCCCCACCUCACUUACUUCAUGAAUUUCCCAGGGGUGCAUCGAUGCCAUGUUAUCCCAGCAAUCAGGCAACGGGUUUUAUGCAGGAACCAAACCUGAUGCAAAGGUUUCCCUUUGGUCACCGGAAACCCAACGUUGGUGGCCUUGGAGUGCCCAUGCCAGUUCGUGAUGCUAAUAGUGGCAGCAAUCAUCCAGAAGCCUUCCAAAGGCUCAUGGAGAUGGAACUCAGGGCAAACGCAAAGCAGAUCCAUCCUUUUCCCGGUGGCCAUAGCCGUGGGAUGUACGGUAAUGAGCUAGACAUGGGUUUUGGGUAUCGAUAG